AUGUUGCACAUUUGCAAGGCAUAUCAUCAUAAGGAAGUAGAAGUGGAUGGAGAAGGUAGAAUGGAAAAGCAAUUGGUUCGCAAUGCAAAUUAUGUGGCUAAUGACUCGUCAGAAUUUUUCCAACAAUUGAAAAAUGCACAAACAGAAGUGUUCGAAUGGCUACAAGAUGAAUUUCAUUUCUAUCUAAACGAUGAAAUUCCCGCGAGAGUAAAACGUGAUAUUGCUGCAGAAAACGGAGAUGAUUGGUAUAGAAACUUUGAAUGUCGUGUAAACAAUAAAUCAUGUAGCAUUGGAAUGCCAUUCAACGAUGGUGGUCAGCAUAGUGUGAAAAAAAUCUCAGGACUAUUUGGUAAUGUAGAGCUUGUCGACAAUGUGAAACAGAAACAGAAGCAGAGAAUUCAAUCUACAAUAAGGAAUAAUCGUGUUGAUGAUGACGUCGGUGAAAAAUUGCAAGCUCCAAAACCCCAUAACAAUGACAAUGGAAGAAUUAAUGAUAAAAAUAUGGAAGGUGAGAUACAACAGCAAGUGCAACAUCUGGCAUUCGAUGUUAGUGACCAUCGUAGCGAUAUCCAUGCCAAAAAUUCUAAUGACAAUAGUGCCAUUAACGGACUACUCAAUGUGAGAGCAUCAAUUGCAGCAAAAGAGAAUGAAAUUCAUGAGAUAGAGAUGAGACAUCAAAAACACCUGACCGCCUUAUCAUCAUCAUCAUCGUCGUUGCCGUCGAUGCUACCAGACUCGUCCUCAUCUGACACAUCAUCAACAUAUCUGGAUGAGAAUUUACUAAAUGAUAAUCAAUUGGAUGAUGUUUCAAAACAAGAGCAAAACUUACAGCAAGAGCGAGAGCAACACCGGCAAAUAAUGAUCAAUGAAUACUCAUCAAAUUCAAAUUUUCACUCUAACCUCGAUACAUCAUUAGAAAAUAAUGUGAAACGUUCAUCGGGUCAAAAGCAGAUACAUUAUGACGAUCAAUUGGAUACAAAACAAAAUAAUUUAUACGAUGAACUCAAAGACAUGUCAAACUUUCAACAUCAGAUGAGAUUUAAUGAGCCACAUCAUCGUGUUAAGCGACGUGACGUAAUUAAUCAAAUAAAUUACAGAAGCGAAAAAGAUUUUGAUGGAUUGGGCGACUCUAUUGAUUAUGACAAUGAUGAAAUGAAUUAUAAUAAUAGUUUGCUAAAAAAUGACAAUCAACAACAUGUAAACACAUCAGCAGAAACCACAAAGCAGGAAAUGAACAAUGUUAAUGAAAAAUUUUCAAAUGACAAAUCUGACUACAACGAGGCAGCAGUCAAUAAUAAUGACGAGACAAUAGGAAAAAUGUCAUCGUCAUCAUCAAAUAAUGCAAAAAUCAUUAAAAAACGAGAAAUCGGAGACUUGCCAUCUCGUUCACAACAUGAGCAUUUAUACUCAAUCAAAGGAAGGCAGAAAAUUUCGGAUUUAAUUUCCGGAGAGUUACCCAAUGCGAUUGUUAAGGCUGUCAAUAAGCUUGUCAACUCGAAUGACAUGUUAAGGCGUUUUGUGAAGCCCAAAUUGAAUGAGCCAAAAUAUACAAUACUUAAAGACUCAACCCGAAUAAGUUCAAUUAAAAUCAACAAUAUGAUGUCGGAGCUUGUAUCGUAUAUUAAUGAACUUGUCAAUGAUCAAGUACGAAUGAGAUCAUGUAUUCCGCUUACACAAGAGUUGCAAGACUUUUAUCAACAAUUGAUGGGGACGAAUCGAAAGGAGUCAGCAGGAAAUGUCAUUUAUGACGAUGAUGAUAAUUCGAUUCAGAAUUUUUUAAGGACUAAGAAGAAAUCAAAGAGGAAUGUGAACCACAUCCGUUCCAAAAGACUUGAUUUAAUUGAAAAGUGCGACAAAGUGCAUCACUUCCACACAAAAUGUCUUCAAAUCUCCGAAUGCAAGCAAGUCAAGCCAUCAUUAAUUCUCUAUUUCAAAAGACACGAAGAAAUUUGUUCGGUCCUCAAGAAAUCAUACGAAGCAGGUCCAUUGAUAAAAUUCAAACGAAGUUUUGAAGGACUAGACGUGUCACCACAAUUUGCUAAAUUGUAUAAUUUCAAAAACUAUUUUCUCGAGUCAAAACAAAAUGAUUUGUAAAUUAUUAACAGAAAGUUUGUGAUAUGCAUGCAAGAGCACACAAAAGCAGAAGUAAAUGCUUUCCCUGAGAUAUAUUUAUAUAUUUACAAUAUCAACUUACAUGCCAUUGCUACAUUCAUAUAUAUAUCUAAAGCAUUUGCAAAAUGUUCAUUUUGGAUAAUGGAUUUCGUAUAUCACUUCGAUCUCAUACUUAUGAACUUACGGUAUUUUGUGUGCAAUCGAAUAACGAUAAAAUACAUUUUAUUUAUUAAAUAAAUUUUCGAUAACAUAUCAUAUGUACAUAUAUAUGUGUGUAGGAUUCAUACCAGCAGUUUAUAGUCGUACAGCACACAAAAAAGGAAAGAGGAGAGAAGAAAAUGGGCACAUAAAGAUAAAUAAUAAUUUAAUGGAAAACGUGAAGAAACUACAGAAAAAAAAACUUCAGAAACACCUCUUCGUCUUUUUACUGCUGCUUGCUGCUUGCUUGCUACUUCUG